UGGAUGCUAUCACCUCCUGCCUGCUGGGGCAGAGCUCAGUCCAUCAGGUAGCCUAAAAGGGCCUUUCCUCAAGGGCAAGAAAUGAUGCCCAGGAGUGAGAUGGUGCCCCUUGUAUGCCAGUGCCAAGGUGCUGGGCUUCAUUCGCUGGAUAAGUGUUUUAUUGCCCAUCUCUUAUGGCAGCAAAAUGGCCCAGGGAUCCUCUGAUGGACUGUCUGGUUACUCUAGCUGCAGUGGGGUCUGCACCAGCUGUGCUCCAGUUGUAGCAUUCACAGCAGAUCAGAGUCCAGGAGCAUGGCCCUCACUCUCAGUGCUGCCUCUACCAGUUUGAACUGGCCUGUGCCAGCCCAGCUGGGGAAGGAUCCCUGCAGUUUCAGCAUACUGCAAACCAGGGUACAAGGACAGAAGGUCUUUGGCUCCCUUGUCCUCCCAGCCUGACUACAAGAGUGUUAUGCCCUACCUGGGUUACAGUGCCAUAGUGUGGACUCCUCAGUCUGGUCCCAAGGGGCACCGUGAUACCCAGGAGCACCCAAAAGUGGCUGCAGGGAGAGAAGACAGUGUGGGUGCAUCUUCCCAAGGGCCACUGAGCCCCACUUUGCUGUCUCAUAUGUGCAAUCAGAGGGCACAGAGAGUAGGGACUCACUCAGCCGGCACCCUGUGUCCCAGCUGGGUCCUGCACCCCAAAUUCUUGCACUACACCUCUUCCUGCACCUAACUUGGCCAUGCACCCCAAAAUCUCCUGCAGCUCAAGGCCAUAUGUUAGCCAUGCAAGCCUUCUGGGACUGCUUCCCCCUGUGCACCGCACCCUAACUGCUGGAUGGGGAGGUCAGGGGGACCUGCAACCUUGCUGUGCCCCAGAGCAUGCCAGAAGAGCAGUGUCUUGUGCAUGCCCACAUGGGUACUCCCACAGUAGUUGGGGUAAGCAAUAAGCCCAGGGCCAGCCCUGUGAUGCAGGCGAGGCUUCCACGCAUCCCAAAUGCUUGCAUCAAUUUGUUCCCCCGUGCCGAUGAUGUGUUGCACUACACAUCCCAGCAUGCACCGGCCCCUUGCACGGCACGGAAGAGAACAGCAUGCUGGGAGCCGUAGUCUGGCCCUCACCUCCGGCCUGGCUGCUGUAAAGCUGGCUUUCCGCAGCCUUGGGCUGCCCACUUCUCCGCUCCUUGGGUAACUGUACCUGCAGAGCCCCGUCCUGCUGGGGCAGGCACCUGCCUGGUGGGCAGAGGUGCCUGUGCUGAGCCGGGCUGGGAGCUGCCCUGUGCCUGCCCAAGCAGAGCUGUGUGCCCUAGCACGGGUGUGUGGAGCUGCCUGAGCAUCCUCACCCUGAGCAGCAUGGAAGGGCUGUGGGGAACCAAGAGUCUCUGUGAGGUUGUCCCACAGAGCUGGGCAUUGCUGGGCUGGGGGUGAGGCAGAGACCUGUUUGCUCUCUUGCAGAUGGAGUGCUCUGAGGAGCUGGAGAGCAGACUCCUGACCCAGCCUUGGGCUUCUGUUUGCUUUGGCGAGUCCACUUUUAUUGCCAAAGCUUGCUUCGGGGAUACAGGCUACGUGCUGCUGAUCUCCGACCUCAGCGGUGUCUGGUAUGAGAGUGCCGACGCGGAGGCUGUGGGGCAAAGGUCCAAGGAGCUGAACAAGCGGCUGACGGCCCCCGUCUCCUCCGUCCUGCAGCGCCUGCACGGCCUGCUGCGCCCCGUGCUGGCAGGGCAGCCGCACGCCGCCACCUCCUUCUCCUGCCAGCGCCCGGCCGGCGGGCUCAGCCUACGCGUGAGGAGCGAGCUCUCGGGGCUGCCCUUCUACUGGGACUUCCGCUGCUGCCCCGCUCCCGUAGCGACGGUGUGCCGUCACCUUGUGCGUCCGCUGAUGUGGAUGAGCCUGGCUUUGCAGCACCAGGUGCAAGAGCUGACCUCCAUGCUGCUCCAAAAGGACGCUGAGAUCGAAGACUACAGGGAGAGCGGGGCCGCUCUGAGCAGAGAUCGCCUGCGAACAGAGCCCUUCCAGGAGAAUACAUUUCUGCAGAACUUCAUGACUGAGAACUCCAGAAGGACUGAAUGUGGAAACUUGGCCUGUCAGCAGCUGUCACAGGGGAGCGGGUCCCUGCCUGAGUUUGGGGGGAAACCACAGCUGGGUGUUAAUGGGACUGUUAAUGAAUUAAUGUUGGCUGCCGUGUGCUGGGGGGGGCGCGCAGCCCUUCCCAGCACACGUGCUGCAGCCCAGCUAUGGCUCACGCACAGGACGGCUGCACUUUUCCAGAAAGCCCCAGCUCUGAAGCCGCUUGCUUGGCCAGGCUCUGUGGAUGAUAUCUCAGCCAUGAGGAAGCCCAUGGUAUCUCCUGAGGUUUCCACCUCUGGUACCAGUUAGCAAUUGAGAGCAUGAGCCAAGAGGAAGGGUGACUAUGGCACGGGAGGAAUUACGAUAUCAAGGAAGGGCUGGCCGUGGUGAGGAAGGAAAGACCACACCAAGGAAGAUGGCCAUGCUGAGGAAGUAAUGACCAUGCUAAAGUAGGGAUGACCAUGCCCAGUAAGGGUCCUGUGGGGUGGACAGGACUGCCAACUGAGAAUGCUGCUAUGGAUGGAGACUCAGAGUGAGACUGAGUUUGUGGGCCUUGCUGGGGAGAAGGCUGGAGGAGCCCAAGCACGGAUCUGGAUGGACUCUGCCUGCUUCAUGCUUGGAGAAUGGCCCCAGAGGAUCCCAAAGCCCAGCCUGGAGGGACUCUGAGGCUCCUCUGUGCUUGGCCACGGGCUCCCAGGCCCAGCCCAGCCUUUGCGGGGACCAAAGCCCUUCCCAAACCCAUCCCAGACAGACGGAUAUCCCAAAACCCACUGACCACAGAGCCCGUCCCAGGGGCCCCUGCUCUUGGUCCCUCUGUGUGAAUGGGGUGGUGUGCGUGUGCCCAGACUGUCCUCUUCUGUGACUGUACGGUACACACGGCUAAAUAUACGUCUGUGCAGAUACAGGAACUCAGAGGGACCGAGUGAUGCUCCCUUUCUAUACCUCUUUUCAUGGGGAGAGCUAAUGAGAUUCAUGUCAUUAAAGGGCUGAUGUUUUGUGGGAUGGGAGCCUUUUAAACGGGAUGUGUCCUGGCUUAGUCAUGGCAAAUAUUUACCAAAAAAAAAAAAAAAAAAAAAGAGGGAAGAAAAAAAAGGGACAUACCAUAUAAAAUUAGAGUUCUGAAAAUAGUAUUUAGAGCAAGUGAGAGAGAGGAACCUAAACCAGAAAAUACAGCCCAGUCUGUUCAGGAGUCAGGGGAAAAAGAGAGAGAAGGAAAAAAAAAAAAGCCAGAGAUAAAACGAGAGAAA